AUGGACACGAACAUGCGGAAAUUCACAGUUAGAAGAUGGUUCUCUGUGUAUCUCCGCAAGAAGUCACGGUCGAAGAGCUCGAGUCUAUGCAAAUUGGAGGAUGAUGCCAUCUUGAAAGAGUUUGACAUCAGCCAUCAUGUGAAGGAGGGAUUUGACAAGGCAGAUCCAUCACAGUUCGAAUUGCUCAAGGUUUUGGGCCAAGGCUCCUAUGGAAAGGUCUUUCUGGUGCGGAAAGUAGUGGGUUCAGAUAAAGGGCAGCUCUACGCCAUGAAAGUGCUAAAGAAGGCCACUCUUAAGGUGCGUGACCGUGUACGGUCGAAAAUGGAAAGAGAUAUUUUAGCAGAGGUGAACCACCCUUUCAUCGUCAAACUCCACUAUGCCUUCCAGACAGAGGGGAAGCUCUACCUCAUCCUGGACUUCCUGCGAGGUGGUGACCUGUUCACGCGGCUGUCUAAAGAGGUGAUGUUUACUGAAGAGGAUGUUAAGUUCUAUUUAGCUGAGCUGGCCUUAGCGUUGGAUCAUCUUCACAGCCUGGGCAUCAUCUACCGCGACCUCAAGCCAGAGAACAUUCUUCUUGAUCAGGAAGGACACAUCAAAGUAACAGAUUUUGGCCUGAGUAAAGAGUCCAUCGACAACGACAAGAGAGCCUACUCCUUCUGCGGCACCAUCGAGUACAUGGCGCCAGAGGUGGUGAACAGGAGAGGACACACACAGAGCGCAGACUGGUGGUCUUACGGUGUCUUAAUGUUUGAAAUGCUGACAGGAUCACUCCCUUUCCAAGGCAAAGAUCGUAAGGAGACCAUGGCUUUAAUUCUCAAGGCAAAACUGGGAAUGCCACAGUUUCUAAGUCCCGAAGUGCAAAGCCUGUUACGAGCCCUUUUCAAGAGAAACCCAACCAACAGAUUAGGUGCCGGCCCAGAUGGUGUGGAGGAGAUCAAACGACAUCCGUUCUUUGCCAACAUCGACUGGAAUAAACUAUUCAGACGGGAGAUCAAGCCUCCUUUCAAACCGGCGGUGGGGAGACCUGAGGACACCUUCCACUUUGAUCCUGAAUUCACCUCUCGCACACCAACAGACUCCCCCGGCGUGCCGCCGAGUGCCAACGCCCAUCAGCUGUUCCGCGGCUUCAGCUUCGUGGCCACCAACCUCAGUCAGGAGCAAUCGAUAGCCGAGACGCGGCAGACCGUGGUCAACCCCAUCGUCCAGCAACUCCAUGGGAAUAACGUUCGCUUCACCGACGGCUACGAGCUGAAGGAAGACGUGGGCAUCGGGGCUUACUCCGUCUGCAAACGCUGCGUACAUAGAAUCACUAGUGUGGAGUAUGCUGUGAAAAUUAUUGACAAGGCCAAGAAGGAUCCGUCAGAGGAGAUUGAGAUUCUCCUGAGAUAUGGACAGCAUCCCAACAUUAUUACUCUGAAAGAUGUGUAUGACGAUGGGAAGUUUGUGUACCUGGUGAUGGAGCUGAUGCGGGGGGGGGAGCUGCUGGACAGGAUCCUCCGCCACAAGUGCUUCUCGGAGCGGGAGGCCUCGGCCGUGCUCUGCACCCUCACCAAGACCGUGGAGUACCUCCACUCCCAAGGGGUUGUCCAUCGAGACCUGAAGCCGAGCAACAUCCUGUAUGUGGACGAGACGGGCGACCCGGAGUCCAUCCGCAUCUGUGACUUCGGCUUCGCCAAGCAGCUGAGGGCGGAGAACGGCCUGCUCAUGACGCCAUGCUACACCGCCAACUUCGUCGCUCCUGAGGUCCUGAAAAAGCAAGGCUAUGAUGCGGCGUGCGACAUCUGGAGUCUGGGGAUACUGCUGUACACCAUGCUGGCAGGGUUUACCCCAUUUGCCAACGGGCCGGACGACACGCCAGAGGAAAUCCUGGCCCGCAUCGGCAGCGGCAAAUAUGCCCUCACGGGCGGCAACUGGGACACGGUGUCAGAGGCAGCAAAGGACGUGGUGUCCAAGAUGCUGCAUGUGGACCCCCACCAGCGCCUGACGGCCCCCCAGGUGUUACGGCACCAGUGGAUAGUCAACCGGGAGCAGCUCUCCCAGACACAGCUCAUCAGGCAGGACGUGCAGCUGGUCAAGGGCGCAAUGGCUGCAACGUAUUUCGCUCUGAACCGGUCGCCUCAGGCCCCAAAGCUCGAACCCGUGUUGUCGUCUGUGCUGGCCCAGAGGAGAGGGAUGAAGAGGCUGACCUCCACACGACUAUAG